AUGUGUCGCCCAAUAAGAAUGUGGGCCUGCAGUGACGUCACUGCUGGUAUAAAAGCCUGCUGCACAGCCCUACUUUCUUCUUCUAUUCCUGUCAACCGGAGAGUGAGUGAGUCUCAGGGGUGAGAGUGAUGGGGCUGGGAGAGGGGGGUGAGUGAGGGUGAGGUGAGGUGUCUCAGAAGAAGGUUGGUGGGGGUGAGGUGUGUCUCAGGGGAUGGUGGGGGUGGGUGUCUCAGAAGGGAUGGUGGGGGUGGGUGUGUCUCAGGGAUGGUGGGGGUGAGGUGUGUGUCUCAGGGAUGGUGGGGUGAGGUGUCAGGGGGUGUGUGUCUCUCAGGGGGAUGGUGGGGGUGAGGUGAGGUGUCUCAGGGGAUGGUGGGGUGGUGGUGGAGUGUCUCAGGGGAUGGUGGGGGUGGUGGUGGAGGUGUCUCAGGGGAUGGUGGGGUGGGUGGGUGGGGUGUCCUCAGGGAUGGUGGGGGGGUGGGUGGUGGAGUGUCUCAGGGGAUGGUGGGGGUGAGGUGAGUGUCUCCGGGGAUGGUGGGGUGGUAGGUGUGUCUCAGGGAUGGUGGGGGGGUUGUGAGUGAGUGUGUCUCAGGGAUGGUGGGGGGAGUGAGUGAUGGGGCUAAGAGAGGGAGGGGUCCUGGGUGGGGGUGCAUUGGGUUCUCUGAGUGUGCCCGGUGCUCUGUACAGUCUCCUCUGACAAUGUGCUGGGCGCUCUAUUAAUACAGUCUGUCCUCUGGCUGGGUGCUCUGCUCAGUGGGACAUUGUGUUAACAGUCUGUGUAUUUACCCAUUUCCUUCCCAUAGAAUGGCUGCCAACCAGGAGCGCACGUUUAUAGCAGUCAAGCCUGAUGGGGUCCAGCGGGGACUGGUCGGUGAUAUCAUCAAACGGUUUGAACAGAAAGGAUUCCGCCUGGUAGCCAUGAAAAUUAUGCAGGUAGCCACCUUUUGUUUAGAUACCCUGGAGGACUGGCUCCUGCUGUAAGAAUGUUCCAAUUUAUGCCCUUCUUGCCCCCUAACGUAUGCCCCGGCUGUGAAUGUGAUAUUGCCAUAUGUUGGUGUCCCUGGUUCUGACACUGAUUAGGGUCUGUCCACUGCUCCCGCUCCAUGACCUUGCAAUGUCUCCCCGUUCAGACACUUCUUUGUUCUGCUCAGAAGGUUCCGGGUUUGGCCAACACUAGACUCCCUGGGGCGUUAUUAACCCUCCUGGUCUCUUUAAAGCUUAUAUUAUGUUUCUACCGUCUAUACAGGAGAAUAGACCUCCGAAUGGUGUAUAACUAAACCUUCCAGAAUUUGGAGUCCUUCAUCUGCUGUAGAUUCACCUUUAGCUACCCUUGCACUAAGGGGUUAAAUUAACCAAUUAAUUGUAUCAAUGUGAAUAAUACUGUUACCUUUCACUUUUUGAGUGACUGCUGCCUGUACUGUCUGCAAAUGUCUUUGAUAGAUUCCCUGCAUUUCUGAGUUUUCAUUUUCAUGCCUUCUCUUGCAGGCCCCUAAAGACCUCUUGAAACAGCACUACAUUGACCUUAAAGAUCGCCCCUUCUACAAUGGAUUGGUUGAAUACAUGAGCUCCGGGCCAGUGGUUCCUAUGGUAGGUACUGGGCAGUGCCCUGCUGAGAUCAAUGUCAGGGAUAUUUAAUUCCAGUGAAUUGUUGGGGUUGAAGAAUGCAUUGCAAUAAUACCUCCUGAAAUAUUCUCCAAAUUGCUAUCGUCACAUCUUAACGAUCGUAGACUCAACUUUGUGUUUUUUUUUUUUUUUUGUCUAAAAUUCAUAGCUUAGUAAUGUAAACCCCUGUCUUGGUUUUUUUUUUUUUUUCUUCUUGAGUGUUAAGAUAACAAUCAUGUCAGGUUCUACAUAUAAUUACAUCCAAAGCCAUAAAUGGAUAAUCGAUUUUAUAUUUUACGAGAUUGUUCCUUUUAAUAGUGUGUGUGUAUAUGUUUUAUUGUGGUCCCCCUUCAAAAUAAUAAACUAAACUAGCCUAUAAUCCAGAGCCAAGGCAGUCCUGUUUCUACAGCCCAAUCCACCCAUAGUGAGAUCAGUCCUGAUAAUCUCUAGUCCAUGUCCUACACUUCUUAACAAGCCAAGAAGUUGUUAAUCAUUGCAAGCCAGCAGAGUCCAUGGUAAGCUUACCAGUGAGUUUCUAAUACCAAAGAUGGCUUUUAACUUGCCCUUAGCUUAGACUGUCAAUCUGUUCCAAUACUGCAUAUAGAAAAGUAUGACGUUUAAAUACUUAUCUGAGAAGCACUGGUUGCAUUCAGUGUCACAUGGAGCAUGAUGACUGAUUGUGAAUACUUUGGGGGGGUGGCAGUGUUUACUCACCAGCUGUCUAGUGUGCCGGUGCUGCCUUUCUGAGGGUUGUGGGAGUUUGCACUACUGUAGAAGUCUUGUGAAUGGAGAGAUACUGAAUGGCUCAUAACAUUGGCUCUCUCAAUUGGCAAUGCCUCUAUCAAGAAUCUGAGCAAUGGGACAGGGAAACUGUUUUUUUGAAGUAAAUGAUUCAUGAAUCCUUUAACCCCUAAGGUGUCCAGUGACCUCCUGGAACCAUAACUACUUUACAAUUAAAGCUUUUCUUGGUGCCCAGAGUGUGCCUUUAAACCGAAAGUGUAACCUUAAUGGGUAGACUUAGUGUCCAGUAUCUGUGGUAUUUAUAGAGUAAUUCACGCCAGGAAUGAAUGAAACGUGAAGCAGGGUGUCCUGUAACAAGCUCAUCCCAUUCUCCACAGGUCUGGGAGGGUCUGAAUGUGGUGAAGACAGGCCGUGUGAUGCUGGGAGAGACCAACCCUGCAGACUCUAAGCCCGGCACCAUCCGUGGAGAUUUCUGCAUACAGGUUGGCAGGUAAGUGGUGUAAACACCCCCCCCAAACACACGACUUCAUUCCUUCUCUUCCAGAAUCCAGUUGACCGCACAGAAUACUUGGCAGCUUUUGCCAUUUGAUCAUCUAGACUUGCAGGAAGUGAAUUAUUUGAAUAAUGCUAUUUAAUUAAGUUUUAUGGCUUCUGCAGGCUGACCUCUUCAAUUAUGAAGAUGAAUCAUUAAAAAUAAAACCUUUUUAAAUCCGUUCCUGUCUUGCUGCACAUUUUCACAGUCCUGCAUUAAUGUCUGAAGCCAGAGUGUGAUCUGGAUAAUAUUUCCCAGCCAAUCCUGGUCCUCUUAAAUGUAACGGAAAUGUAGUAACCAUAACGGUAGGGUUUACAUGGUGUUAUAGGUGAGAGACUAAAGUUCAAGCAUUAUAAAACAAAGCUUUUGUGCUGUUGAUCCAAAAAGUCCCUCCUUGACUUACAAAUGGUAUUCAGACUCCUAGUAACAACCUGUUUAAUAAUCUUUUUCUAAUGACAUGAUGCUGAACUGACUUGUGACUUGACUGGAUACGUUGACAGACUAAAUGUUUGUGUAGGAAAAUAUUGGAAGCUCUUGGCUGAGUAUGUUUGGAGCUUUAGAGAUGUUGUUAAACUGAAUCCCUGAGUGAACCUAUUGUGAAUCAUUUAACUGGCCUGCAGUCUAUCCCAUAUUACAAAGAUUUCUGGUGACUUUAAUGUAGAAUACACUACCUGCAUUCCAGUGACUGUUUGUGGGUGUUACUCUGUGUAACUCCCCACCUGGCCAUCCUCUGGCCCGCCUUUGUUUCUUCUUUAACGUGCCCUGCUUGGGACACAUCGGGCAAAUAUCUACAGGUAUAUCUGCACACUGGCUUCAUAACUUAUACGCCCUAGCCAGCGCUUCUAGUUUCUAUAGGAAUAGAAGUGCAUGUGCUGUGGUUGCUAUAGGAAGAGAGCUGAGGGACUUCCUGUGGGAGGUAUUUUCUGCUCACCCUAAUUUUAAAUCUAAAGAUGAUGGUACCAGGUAUGGAUAAAAGAUUAUGCCUAAUCUAAUGAGCAUAGGCAGUCUGUGGCACAACAGGUGCCCUCUUUAACAGCUUUCUAUUCUAGCUAGCUCAUUUGCUAAAAGUUGCAUGAUGUUCAGUGAGCCUUCAAGUGCGCACCUCAGUCCAGUUGCAGAAGUCACCCAGCGUCUCAUGAUCAGUCUGUCACUUAGUAACCUUCCAAGUACUGACAUAACGGCUUCCCUUGUGGCUGAGUGAAUAGGAGUAACCUGGGGCUUCUCGUUCAUGUUUUAUAGGCAGAGGCCAGUGUUUCUAAAUAUUGCGGUUAUCUCCUUCUGGAUUAUUGGGUAUUAUCUGUUUCUUAGAGGCAGGUGACUUAUUUUAGAGACCUUCCCAGGGUUGUCAAACUACCUCUCCUACUGCUGUUUGACUUCAGAAAGCUGGAAACUCUAAGCAAACCUUUAGGGGACUUUAAUAUAGAAAUAAGGCUACAGAUGGAGAUCCCUUAUUUAUCUUGGCUUGUAAAGGUUUGUUUCAGAAUGAGUCAGGCCUGUGUGCUGCAGCUGCUACCAUCUUACUUGUUGCUCCUGCCCAGGGCCAGUUCUUGGGAGUGAGUGUAGAUAUGAGGUGUCUAUAUUCGCUGUCUGUCCCUCAUGCUACAAUCACUUUACACAUGGCCUUGUUCAGUUUAGUUGGACUAUGAGCCGAUCUCCCGACAGGUAGCGCUCAGCCCAAGUUGUGUGCAGCCUGCAGACAAGGCACACAAAGACUAACACAACAUUCUAGAAUUCUGAUCUGGAGUAGGUUUAUAGCCGUGUGGUGUGUUCCCCCUACAAAUCAAGUGACUCACAGAGCUGAGUUGCUGUAUGCUUACUUCAUACACCAGUAAUGUGAAGUUAUGCAAAGCUGUAAUGGUGCUUAGUGACCCCCUUAGUGCUAACCCCUCUGUAGUGGCUCACAGUAUCAUAUUGUCAAUGUGUUGCAUGCAGUAGACUGCUUACUAAGGCUCUGUAUUUACCAUAUUCUGUCGUCACUUACCUGUUCUGACUUACCGUUGCAUCUUCCAGGAACAUCAUUCACGGCAGCGACUCUGUGGAAAGUGCCAAGAAGGAGAUUGCCUUGUGGUUCACUCCAGAAGAGCUGUGCGACUACAAAAGCUGUGCCAACGACUGGGUGUAUGAAUAACGAGCGUCUUUCCUUUACCUGUCAGUCAUUCCGUUACAUGAAUAAAGUAUUACUGCCCCCAAACAAGCUUGCCUGUGUCCUGUUUUGCUUACAUGUAAAUCUAGAUCAAUACUUGCCACCAUCAGAACUGCAAAAAGACAAUAAACAUGAAAAUCCUGGCUCUGACAUCUGCACUGCUAUAGCAGGCCUUAAGCACACAGUGUCCUGAUUAGACCUAUUAAUUAGCACAAUGUAUGACUGAGAAACUGGUCUGAAAACACCCAUACAAGUCCUCUGGAGCAAAGGAAGUCCUGUUCUAGAACUGGCUUAUGUGGCCAGCAAUGUUUGAGCAGAUCUAAAACGAAAGACAGAAUGUACACUUCUGGAGGAAAGGGCUUUACAUAAUCUGCUCCUAGUCCUUUAUCAGGCUGGCUGAGCGUGUUUGGAGGUAGAGCACAUUACAAGAACCUUGCCUCUAUCGGAGGUUAUUUUCCUGUAGAUCCAAGAAGCUUUUAAUCCCAAGAGGGUGGAUAAUAUUACUAACCGUUUAACAAAAUCCCAUUGCUAAUCACCAAACACUGACUGGAAAGAAAAGCUCUGAAAUCAUUAAAGCUGCACAUCUGGGUAAUCACUGGAGUCUGUCUACCCAGAAACUGCAUGGGCCAGAGGGCCUUGUAGUACAAUAAAAGGGACAACUGUCACAUCAAAGCUCCUUAAUUUUAUUUAUUUUUUCUUUAUGUGUAAUAGAAUGGGAAUGCAGCUGUACCUUAAUUCUAUGACUGGAUCCUUCAGACUUACACCUUGGGUCAGACAGUGUUUGAAAACUGAUGGAUUCUCAUACAGCAGUGGGCUGACUGCGCAAAGGGAGCUUCGGUUUCCCCUUCCUGGUCUGAUAGGAAGUGCUCACUAAGUGUUGAACUGCUUCCUCAGACUGGGUAGAGGAAACCUGAAGCGCCUAUACUGAGGCCUGCUAACUCAGGUAGGGAGGACAAGAGAUACACAAAGGAGUUGGGGGAAGAAAGAGGUCAGCCAGCAACAGUAACUAAGAUGAAGAGCCAACGUGGGCUGGGUAUGUUAUAUUACUAUAUUGUGAAUAGAGGCCGAAGUGUUAGUUGAUGGAUCAUACAUGUACUGCACAUGUGGAAUCUGGUCAAAACCACUUAUUCCUCGUAACUUCAGUGACGCGGCCGCAGCUAACGUGACAUGUUCGAGUAAUGGAACACCAUUUCGACUGCUGCUGUGUCAUGAAAUGAUGCAUGUCUGAAAAGUGACACCAACAUGAAAAGCUCUGCUCUAUGAUCUUCUUCCUCUCUCUGCACAGAGCCAGACAGGGAAGACCAUAGAGACAAACUCAUUUUCAAACACUCCUUGACCCAAGCUGUGUGUAUGGCCAAAUGAUCCUGUCCUACUAUAGCUAGGUAGGGGUGAGGUUCUUUUGUUAAAUAGUUUUAUAGUGACAGUUGUCCUGAUGGGUUACCCCCCCCUAUUAACCUGAACGGUAAACAACUUACCAUGACCCAUCGAACCUCACUUCUCAUAGUGAAUCAUUUGAUUGGGCAUCCUCACAGAGCAUACACCUACUGUGAGCCAGAGAUGGAGUGGGUGUGGAUAAUGAAGGGAAUUAUUUAUCAGUGGAAUAGGGGGUAUUGAUGCACCCCUAGUGCUGCGUGUAAGGGUAGAAACUGAUAAGGUCUGUCGCUAGUGCGCAACAACAGACUUACUAUUUGCACAAAUUUAACAUUAGGCAGCCCAAAACUAUGCUGGGACUUUAACAUGGCCCAAAAGUGCAAAUAUCUCCUUAUUCCAGUUAUUGAUUAUGGGGAUGUAGUGUAUGCACCUGCACCGCAAGCCCACCUUCAUAAACUUACUACAUUGUAUAAUUUGCCGCUUUGUGCUACAAUGUUCCUACUUGAUCCACCAUUGUAACAUGUUAAAAUGGCUAAACUGUCUCUGGAAUACAGACGCACCCGUCAACUUUACAGUCUUGUGUUUAAGAGCUUUUCUGGGAAACCCCCACCCUACCUGAGCAGAAUGCCCCUCCCCGGCUGUUUCCACCUCCUAUAUCCUCCGAUCCAGUACCAGCACAAAAAAAAAUAAAGGGACCCGACCCUCAUUUUCUUACAGAGCACCACAAUUAUGGAAUAACCUCCCCCUCCACAUAUCUUAAAACAGAAGGCAUCUGUCAUUAUUAUUAUUAUUGCCAUUUAUAUAGCGCCAACAGAUUCCGUAGCACUUUACAAUAUUAUGAGAGGGGGAAGAUUUAACUAUAAAUAGGACAAUUACAAGAAAACUUACAGGAAAGAUAGGUUGAAGAGGACCCUGCUCAAACAAGCUUACAGUCUAUAGGAGGUGGGGUAAAAAACACAAUAGGACAGGAAACAGCAAUCAAAUAAAAUGGGAGUGACGCAGAGCUGGAGGGGAGAGUAAAGUGCUACCCAUAGAGACAGGUAUGUAAGGUAGAGGUUAGUCUGGGGGGCCAUAAGCCUUCCUAAAGAGAUGGGUUUUAAGGCACUUCUUAAACGACUGAAGACUAGAGGAGAGACUGAUGGGGGUAGGCAGGCUAGUCCAUAGGAAGGGAGCUGCCCGCGGGAAGUCCUGCAAGCGUGAGUUGGCCGUACGGGUGUGAGCAACGGACAGGAGAAGGUCACAGGCCGAGUGGCGAGACCGAGAAGGGACAUACCUAUGGAUCUGUGAAGAGAUAUAAGAGGGGCUAGAAUUGUUCAAUUUAUAGGUAUGGGUUAGCACUUUGAAUUGACUCCUAUAGGAUACAGGGAGUCAAUGUAAGGACUGACAAAUCAGUUUGGCAGCAGCAUUCAUUACAGACUCUAGCGGGGCAAUACAGCUUUUGGGAAGUCCAAUUAGGAAAGGGUUACAAUAAUCCAUGCAGGAAAUUACUAGAGAAUGGAAAGCUCCUUGGUAGAAUCUUGUGUAAGAAAGGGGCGGAUGCUGGCUAUGUUUUUAAGAUGAAAUCUACCAGAUUUGGCAACAUGCUGGAUGUGAGGCUCAAAGGUGAGGCCAGAUUGAAAUAUGACGCCAAGAUAGCGCGCAUGCAAGGAUGGACUUAUGUGGAUACCACUAAUUUGAAGGGAAAGUGAAAGAGGAGGAUCAGUAUUAGGAGGAGGAAAGACAGGGAGCUCAGUUUUAGAGAGAUUGAGUUUCAGAAAGCGGGAGGACAUCCAGUCAGAGAUGGAAGAAAGGCAAACAGUGACACGUUGCAGGACGGCAAGGGAGAGGUCCAGGGAGGAGAGAUAUAUCUGGGUGUCAUCAGCGUACAGGUGGUAGUGGAAUCCAAAAGAGGUAAUAAGCUUGCCAAGAGAGGCAAUAUAAAGAGAAAAUAGAAGGGGACCGAAGUACAGAGCAUUGGAGGGACUCCAACCGAGACAGGACGAGGGGAGGAGGUAUCAGAGACCGAGUGAUUGUAGAGUUUGAAGAAAGAGAGCAUGAUCAACGGUGUCAAAGGCAGCAGAGAGGUCAAAAAGAAUUAGUAUGUAGUAGUAGCCUUUGUAUUUAGCUGCAAUUAGGUCGUUAGUAACUUAGAUAAGAGCAGUCUCAGUAGAGUGGAGAGGGUGGAAGCCAGAUUGAAGAGGGUCAAGGAGAGAGUUGGAAUUGAGGAAGUAAGACAUACGGGGGAGGAUGGGUCAAGAGAUUUUUUUUCAGGAUAGGUACUACAGUGGCAUGUUUAAAGUGAGCAGAGACAAUGCCAGAAGAGAGAGAGCAGUUGAAGAUGUGUGUUAAGGGAGGCGCAAGACAAGGGGAGAGAGAUCUGAUAAGGUGAGACGGGACAGGAUCAAGUGGUGGGGUGAGAGCAAAGGAGAAGCGCAGCCACCUCUUGUUCAGUACCCGGGGAGAAAGUCUAUAGGGUAGGAAAGGCAUGCUCUACGUGUGGUUGAGAAAGAAAACAGCAAGGUGGGGAGAGUUCUUUCCUUAGCUGUUCAAUCUUGUCGGUAAAGUAGCAUGCAAAGCUAUCGGCUGUAAGGUUAGUUUGGGGGGUGGCCACAGCAGGGUGAAGAAGAGAAUUAAAGGUGUCAAAGAGACGCCUGGGAUUGCGGGAGCAUGAACUAAUGAGAGAGGAAAAAUAUAACUGUUUGGCGAGGGCAGGGGCGGUGCUGUUUGAACACAAUAUGAAUCUAUAAUGGAGAAAAUCUGACUGGGUGCGAGACUUCCUCCACAACGAGAGCAUCUUUGCAGGUAGUGUGUUGAUUUACUAUGCCACGGUGCAUGUUUGGAGCGGGCUGCAGGUGUGAGGGUAGUGUUAUAUGUGGAGAUGGCCAGUGAGGGACAGGAGAGGGAAGGGAUGGAUAGCAGUUGUGAAUCAAUAUCAGCUGCUGGGGGUCAAUAGAAUUAAGGUUCCUCCUGAGUUGAGGGGGGUUAGGCUGAGGUUGUUGGGUGAGGCGGUGAUUAGAGAGAGGAAAUGGAGUGUUGCAGAUAUUAGAUACUGUACAUGCAUAAGAGAAGAUUAGGUCAAGGGCAUGGGUGGGAGAAUUAGCCCACUGUGAUAGCCCGAGAGAGGAAGUUAUUGAAAGUAGUUAGACUGCUGAGGUCAAAGGUGGCUUAAUGGGAAUAUUGAAGUCCCCAAGAAUUAGGGAUGGAAUAUUAGAAGAGAGGAAAUAGGGUAACCAGGCAGCAAAGUGGUCAAAGAAGAGGAGAGGGGAAACAAAGUUAAUGUAAACAAAGCCCCAGGGCCAGAUGGUAUGCACCCAUGAUAUAUAACGGCAAUGUUAGUAGAGAAGGGUUUGAAAAGGCGAAUCGAAUGAAUUGUCAUGGUUGAUUAUAUAUUCUUGCCUGUUCUAUGUUAAAAUUUGUAUAUGUGUUGUGUAUUAAUAUUGUUUUAGCAUUUAACUGUAUCCUAUUGUAACAAGGUAGUUUGUGGGCCCAGGACAUACUUGAAAACAAGAGAAAUCUCAAUGUAUCCUUCCUGGGAUAAAUGUUAUAACUAAAUGUGCAGAAUUGUACAAAAAAACCCACACACACUCUCUCUCUCUCGUAGCCAAAGAGAGCAAGACCAACCCCCCAAAAAGUAUUUUAAGGUACAUGAAUGCCAAAAAGGUUAAGAGUGAAAGUGUUGGUCCAUUAGAAUCUGAGAUAGGUGUGUUAAUCAAGAAGAAUCAGGACAGGGCCAUAAUUAUAAUUUUAUUUUCUUCAGUAUAUAUAUUAAGAAAAACUUAUAGCUGUAUAUCUGUAAAUCUCUGUUACAAAACCUUUACAGCAAUCAGGUGAUUGGUUAACACAGGAUAAAGUGCUACUGCAAUUAAAAAAAAAGUUAAUGUAAACAAAGCCCCAGGGCCAGAUGGUAUGCACCCAUGACCACUUAUGGAGUUUAGUGUAAAAAUAUCCAUACCACCGGUUUUAAUCUUUCAGAAUUCUUUUAUUUCAGGAAUUGUACCAGAGGAGAAAAACAGAUGUGAUUACUGAAUUUAAAAGGGAUUCAAAAUCUCAACCCAGAAACUACAGACCUGUGAGUUUAACAUCUGUGGUUGGGAAAUUAUUUGAAGGGCUGUUAAGGGAUGAUAUUCAAGAAUUUAUUUUAACAAGAAUACCCUAAGUAGGAAUCAAUAAUUUUAUGAUCAAAGUUUUAUGAAAGACAGGUCGUGCCAACUUAACUUUGAGUUUUAUGAAGUUGUUAGUAGAAAUAUUCAUCAGGGUGAUCCAGUGGAUGUGAUCUACUUUUGCUAAGGCAUUUGAUACAGUUCCACACAAAAAGUUACUAUUAAAAAGUUAAAUCAGUUAGUGUAGAUGACAAAUCUUGUUAUUGGAUAGAACACUGGCUUAUAGGAACACUCAGCUGUCCAAAUACAAAAAGCAAAUCACGCUUUAGCAGAUAUACUCCAAUAAAAACACUCCAAUGCACGCAUGCAUUUUUCAUCGGUAGUAUAUAAAACAGCUAUUAAAACCUGCAGAUAUCUUGCGUGCAGCCUUUGCAAGCCCUCCCCUUCAAACCCCGCCCAGAUUUUCUGUGGCUGUCCAAUCACAGACUUCCCAAUGUAGCUCAGUGAGAAGUAUUUGCAAGGCAGGUGCUCUGAGCAAUUGCUGCCUCUUGAGUUUAGUUCAACUGAGCUAACAAAACCAGGAAGUAACAAGACCGAUUGUAUGAUUUACAUCCAGGGGGGGAUGUAACACAGUUAAUUUAUAAAAGUAUCAAUUUCUAUUGAAAUCUGACUGUGUGUAAAAUGAAAAAAAAAAGUACACACUCUUCACACAAAACAUUUCAGCAAGCUCAAAGGGCCAGGGGCAUCCCUUUAAACAUAGAGUACAGAGAGUAGUAGAGAUAGAAAAUAUACAAAUUAGACAAAAAUGGUGAGUGGAGUGCCUCAGGAUUCUGUCCGGAUCCCACAUCUUUUUUAAUUUGCUCAUAAAUAAUCUUAACGUUGGCAUUGUAACUAGGCAAGAUAAAUGAACAUGAUAUAACUUCUCUACAGAGGAUACAUUGGGGUACUGGGCAGGCGAGUGGCAGAUGAGAUUCAACACAGAUAAAUACAAAGUCAUGCAUUUUGGAAUAAGGAACCCACAAUCCACUGAUACAUUAAAUAGGGUUGAGUUAGGGUAACUGUAAAUAAAAAAGGACUUGGGGACUGUUAAGACACUCCCGGCAUUAAGGAGGGAACUCGCCGUUUAGUAGAGCUUCACACACAUACAACACCCACAGACAUACACAGCACCCACAGACAUUCACAACACCUACACACAUACAGCACACACAUACAGCACCCACAGACAUACACAGCACCUACACACAUACAGCACCCACAGACAUACACAGCACCUACACACAUACAGCACCCACACACAUACACAACACCUACACAGAUACAGCACCCACAGACAUGCACAGUACCCACACACAUACAGCACCCACACACAUACACAGCACCUACACACAUACAGCACCCACACACAUACACAGCACCAACACACAUACAGCACCCACAGACAUACACAGCACCUACACACAUACAGCACCCACAGACAUACACAGCACCUACACACAUACAGCACUCACACACAUACACAGCACCAACACACAUACAGCACCAACACACAUACAGCACCCACACACAUACAGCACCCACAGACAUACACAGCACCCACAGACAUACACAGCACCCACACACAUACAGCACCCACAGACAUACACAGCACCUACACACAUACAGCACCUACACACAUACACAGCACCAACACACAUACAGCACCCACAGACCUACACACAUAAAGCACCAACAGACAUACACAGCACCUACACACAUACAGCACCCACAGACAUACACAGCACCUACACACAUACACAGCACCCACACACAUACAGCACCAACACACAUACAGCACCCACAGACAUACACAGCACCCACACACAUACAGCACCCACACACACAUACAGCACCCUCACAAACACACACAGCACCCUUACACACAGCACACAAACAGCACCCUCACACACAGCACACAAACAGCACCCUCACACACACAGUACACUAACAGUACCCUCACAAACACAAACACAAACACAGCACACUACCAGUACCCUCACACACAAACAGCACCCUCACACACAGUACAUUAACAACACCCUCACAAGCGCACACACACACACACAAACAGCACCCUCACACACAGUACAAUAACAGCACCCUGACAAGCGCACUCACACAAACACCCUCACCCACAUAGCACACUACCAGCACCAUCACACACACAUCACACUAACAGCACCCUCACACAGCACACACACAGCAGUAUACAUAUACAUAUAUAUACAUACAUACAUAUAUACGCGGCGUGUGCUCGUGCUUUAGGGUGCACACCCUAAUGCAAUAGGCUGCGCACACCUAUGAUCCUAGUGUAAGCGAGUAAACUUGCAGAAGCCAGACACAGAGAGAUGGAUGCAGGUUUUCAGGAAGUAAGAGGUCUUUAUUAACAUACCGAUCGGGUCUCAGAUGAACUAACGUUCCAAAACAGGCCUGAGGGCCGAACACAUGGAGUACAUGCUUUUUGUAGAACUAUAACUCCUCCCAUUAAUAGCUCCACCCACAUAUACCCUUAAUCAAUCGGUGGACAGGAUUUGGAUUUCCUUAUAUGGGCAGACCACAUGGCUCAUCCGAAACAAAGGAGAAAGGAAUGUGAUUUCAGUUCCUGCAUUCCUGCACAUGCUCAGUACAUUGAAGACAGUAUCUUAGCUACAUGUAACUAACUAACUGAUACAACAUACACAUAUGCCAUGUGGAAAUCUCGAUCUACUAAAUUUACAUUUCACCGAAGUUCCAUCAUACUAGUUGUGACAAAGUUAUGCGUGCUGAACCAACUUGUAAUCCUGACACUAAGUUCAUUAACAGGAAUAUAUAACAGACAAGAGGUCACCCAUUGAUACUGGAAGAAAGGAGUUUUCACUUACAGCAGACGAAAGGGUUUUUUACAGUAAGAACAAUACAGCAAUAUGUUGAAUUCUUUACUCAAAGAGAUUGUCUUAUCAGAUUCUGUAAAUAUAUAUUUGCUCAGUGCGCUCGAAGUACCAGUUAAAAUGCCAGUGAUUUUGUAAUCCCUGUAUAUUGCAGAAAGGGAUAGGGCAGGGUCUCCAUGUGUUCUGAUUCCUGAGAGCUUGGCCUGGAAUUACAAUGUGCCCUUGAUUCUAAACAUUCUGACUGAAGCAAAUUUUGUACCAUGUUUGAGAGGAUAUUACUUAAUAGCUCGAAAUAUGAUAAUCUGAUUAACUUGGUAAAAUAAAUCAUCUGGUGUGGCUGUUAAUCCUUGGAAGGGUCUCUGACCCUUGCUUAAGUCAUGGAGCCAGGGCAAGAUACAAACUGCCCUGAUGACAUCGGCCCAGGACAGAGUUUACCCUGAUUCCUGUCACUUUGUCAUUUUGGAGCCACGUAUCAUCCAGUCCUAAAGGGAGAUAAAUACGUCAGCUGGGAUAUAAUGACGCUGAUUUACUAAACUGAGAAUUGUGUUUAACUCCCAAUCUUGGCAGUUUACCAAUUUGAAUGUUUUGACCCAAACUUUGCAUUUUCCUCUUUACCGAAUAACCUUGAAUGAUGCAUUGAUUGGCUGUAAAUCGAUACAUUGCAGGAAGGGAGAUAGAUUAAUCUCGACAGUUCUUUUAGAAUCUCUUCUUGAUCAGCUGGCGUAUUUCCCACAGAAUAUGAAACAUUCAUCCUGCAGGGCAGCCCUUUUCAUGGACUGUUCAUCACAACUGUAACCCGACAUCCCCCCAAAAAUGGAAAAAGGUGUCUUCCUUUUAUGUAGGUAAAUAGCAUCUUCAAAUAAGCAUGUUAGCUAUGCCGACGUGUUUAUGUAAUGCAGCCCAAAGCUUAGUAACGCAAAAAGGGUAGUCAGCGCCAAAAAUCUAAUCCACAGAUAAGAAACAAAACAAGAAUAUGUGUUUCUGAAGAAUUCUCACCACUACUCGUUAACAAUACGAAAAAAUCUGUCCAGUCAAAAUCUUCUUAAAAUAGAUGGACAGUGAUAAAUGGAAUUCCCUCAUCCGUUAGCUGCUCACCCAGUCUCCACUACUUCAAAAAAUCAUUAAAAACCCACUUCUUCAUUAAAGCGUAUCAAUUAAACUGUUAAUAGCUCCCGACUGAUUCCUCUCUUGCAACUAUCACUAGUCUAAUAAUAUCCUUACCUUUUUGUGUCACUUUACCCCACUCCCUUUAACAUGUAAACUCAGUGAGCAGUGCCCUCAAUCCCUCUGUUACUGUGUCACUAUACCCCACUCCCUCUAACAUGUAAACUCACUGAGCAGGACCUCAAUCCCUCUGUUACUGUGUCACUAUACCCCACUCCCUCUAACAUGUAAACUCAAUGAGCAGGACCUCAAUCCCUCUGUUACUGUGUCACUAUACCCCACUCCCUCUAACAUGUAAACUCACUGAGCAGGCCCUCAAUUACUGUGUCACUAUACCCCACUCCCUCUAACAUGUGAACUCACUGAGCAGGGCCUCAAUCCCUCUGUUACUGUGUCACUAUACCCCACUCCCUCUAGCAUGUAAACUCACUGAGCAGGACCUCAAUCCCUAUGUUACUUUGUCACUAUACCCCACUCCCUGUAACAUGUAAACUCACUGAGCAGGGCCCUCAAUCCCUCUGUUACUGUGUCACUAUACCCCACUCCCUCUAACAUGUAAACUCACUGAGCAGGCCCUCAAUCCCUCUGUUACUGUGUCACUAUACCCCACUCCCUCUAACAUGUAAACUCACUGAGCAGGCCCUCAAUCCCUCUGUUCCUGUGUGUCCAACUUGUCUGGUUACAACUACAUGUCUGUUCAUCUACCCAUUGUAAAGCGCUGCGGAAUUUGACGGCGCUAUAUAAAUAAUAACAUAAUAAUAAUAAUAACCAUGGUAUGCCAUGGCUAGGAAGGUUAAGGAGAUUUUUUUCCCCACUAUAUGUGAAUUUAAUCUAUUUUAAGUAUUUUAUUUUGAAUAAAAAUAUUUUUUUAUUAGGAACGAGAAGCGGGGAGAAUUUUUUAGAAAUACGUAUCCUUUUUUUCCCUUGUCUGUGUAAUAACAAUACAGGGUGUAUUUGGCAGCUCCGUCUGUGGGCGUGGAUACCGAGGUAUGUGCUGGGAGUGUUAUAGAGCCGGGGUGGCUGGGAGAAGUUUCUUAUUGUGAAUGUCCUGGGUGAUUCAUGGCUCAUUUGCUGACAGUAUACAAUUUGUCGUCCAAUAAGAUUGUGGGGUGAGUGAGGGGAACCUGGGUUUGGGAGAGGAUGCAUUGCUUUCUAUAGGGCCCUGAGUGUGCAUGGUGCUCUGUGUGGGUGACGCUCCACCAUCUUGUGCGCCGUGCCUCUGCUUUCAGGGUAUGGAGCCAGGGUCUGGUAGGACACCUUUAACAAUGGACUGUGUCCUUCGGGGGUUCUGUGACUUUAACACAAACUGUCCCAGGAUGUAAUCAUUUCCUUCCCAUAGAAUGACUGCCAACCAGGAGCGCACGUUUAUCGCUGUCAAGCCUGAUGGUGUCCAGAGGGGACUGGUCGGUGAAAUCUUGAAGCGGUUUGAACAGAAAGGAUUCCGCCUGGUAGCCAUGAAAUUAAAGCAGGUAGCCAACAUUAUUUACAGAUACCAUGGGGGAGUUGCUGCUGAAUGUUCAUAUAUUCUCAUUUCCUGGCCCUGGCUGUCGGUGUACCCAUAUCCUGGCCCUGGCUGUGGGUGUGCCCAUAUUGUAACCCUGGCUGUCUUUGCUCUGUGUUUCCGGGUUUGGCUGACACACCAGACUCCCUGGGGCAUUAUUAACCCUCCUGGUCUCUUUAAUAGUUGUAUUAUGUUCCUACCGUCUAUACAGGAGUGACAAAGGAUUAUUAUUAUUAUGUUAUUAUUUAUAUAGCGCCAUCAAAUUCCGCAGCGCUUUACAAUGGGUGGACGAACAAACAUGUAGUUGUAACCAGACAAGUUGGACACACAGGACCCUGCUCAAUGAGCUUACAUGCUAGAGGGAGUGGGGUAAAGUGACACAUAAGGUAAGGAUAGACCUCGGAAAAGUGUAUAACUAAACCUUCCAGAAUUUGGAGACCUUUAUCUGCUCUAGAUUUACAUUUAGCUGCCCUUGCAAUAAGGGGUUAAAUUAACCGAUUAAUUGUAUCAAUGUGAAGAAUACCGGUUACCUUUAGCUAUUUGAGUGACGGCUGCCUGAAGAGUCCCUGCAUUUCUGAGUUUUCACUUUCAUGCCUUCUCUUGCAGGCCCCCAAAGACCUCCUGAAACAGCACUACAUUGACCAUUAAGAUCGCCCCUUCUACAAUGGAUUGGUUGAAUACAUGAGCUCCGGGCCAGUGGUUCCUAUGGUACGUACUGGGCAGUGCCCUGCUGAGCUCAAUGUCGGGGAUAUUUACUUCCAGUGAAUUGUUGGGGUUGAAGAUUGAAUUGCAAUACCUUAUUCUGAAAUAUUCUCCAAAUUGCUAUAGUCACAUCUUCGCCAUCGUAGACUAAACUUUGCUAUCUAGUAUUUAUUGCACUAAAAUUCAAAGUUUAGUAAAUUAAACCCCUGUCUGUUCUGUUGAGUCUCUUUCCUGUACUUGAGUAAUGGCUAAGAACAAUCUUAAAGUGAACCAGUCAUGUUGGGGUCGACUUAUAAUUACACCCAAAGCCAUAAAUAGAACCCAAACAUAUAUUAUCUUUGUUGGGAACAUCACUUGGAUUGUAAUUUGUCCACAUUACUCUCUCCCUUCAGGCUACCAAAUCCAAAACCAAACACAUUUCCCCAAAAUGUACCCUUUGUUCCAUCACAGAACUGAAACCCCAAUGUUCUCUUUACAUAUGAGGAUUCAGUAGCUAUUACAUCAUCAUCCAGUCCAAGGGUGCCCAAAAGGUAGAUCCCCAGAACUACAACUCCCGUGAUGUAUUGCAUGCCUGGAAUGUGUUUAGAAUGACAACGCAUCAUGGAAGCUGUAGUUUUAAAACAUCUUGGGAUCUACCUUAUGGGCACCCCUGAUCUAGUCCAAUGCUUCUCAAAAUGAAACGCAUGGCAAAUCACUGCAAUUUCACUAACAAACGUGCAUUCAAUGUCAUGAUGUGUGUGAUGACUCUAAACACGAGAACUCCAAAAAUCAAAGGAAAGAACUCUUAGUGGCUGUCUGAAAACCUCUAGAGUUGUGUUUUGACUAUAUGCAAACAUUUACUACAUAACAGAAAAGGGACAGGAACUUUGCACCAAAACCACAACAUUCAGAUGUGAUUUGGUGAUUAGAGUACCUUUAAAUGGUUACUCACACCGGUCUACUGGGUUAGUGUUGCCAUUCUACGUGGGGUAUGGGUUUUACCCUACUGUAACAGCCACCCUCUGGUUGCGUUUUUCUCCUCUUCUGCCCAUCGAAACAUUGACUGAUCUUACGUGGACAAACCAUGAUAGUGCCACACUGGGUUUAUUACCAGAACAUCUGUGUCAAAAUGGAGCGACGUUGGUCACUAUUCCUAUAUUCCACCAACAAACGACAUACUAGCUGGAGAACAUCUGUGACAGAGGGGAAAACUGCCAGUUUGGGGUUCUCCUGCUAUCACCUGUCACUCAAUUGUUGGCACAGACAUCUAUGCCAAGAAUUCACAGGUAGCAGAGGGCCCAAAUUUCUAAAGGGCCUGAAAAGAAAACCUAUACAUUGGCCAGCAUUAUGCAUAGAUGACAAUUUCAGCUCUGUCAUUUAAACCUAACGUGUGUGUACCAUGACGGCUGCACUGUAAAAGAAGACUGUUCAAUGUCUAUGGUAUUUAUAGAGUAAUUCCCACCAGUAAUAGCUGAAACACUAAUCGGGGUGUCCUGUAACAAGCUUAUACCAUUCUCCACAGGUCUGGGAGGGUCUGAAUGUGGUGAAGACAGGCCGUGUGAUGCUGGGAGAGACCAAUCCGGCAGACUCUAAGCCCGGCACCAUCCGUGGAGAUUUUGGCAUUCAGGUUCGCAGGUGAGUAGUGUAAAAAAAUCAAAGAAACCCCCAAAACACACCACUUCAUUCCUUCUAUCACAGAAUCCAGUUUACAGCACAGAAUACUUGGCUGCUUUUGCCAUUUGAUCCUCUAGACUUGCAAGAAGUGAAUUAUUUGAAUAAUCCUAUUUAAUGAAAUUUGAGCUGGAAUUUUUUUUUAAAGGGAUACUCCAGGCUGGCAAUGAACAAAGAUGGUACAAUAAUAAAAGUUCUCUGUUCCUACCUUGCUGCACAAUUCCACAAUCCUGCAUUAAUGUCUGAAGCCAGUGUGAUCUGGAUAUUUCCCAGCCAAUCCUGGUCCUCUUACCUUUAACGGAAGUGUAGUAUCCCACAAAGAUGGGGUUUACGUAGUGAUCUAGGUUGAAAGCACACUAGGGUUAAAAGUCCAUAAAGUUCAACCCUUCUGCCAACCAUGCCACAAAGAGGGGGAAUCCAUCUUAGCUCCAUAAUGGCAUUUAGAUUUCUCCUAGAACAACCUCUUCACAUACACACUAAUAUCCAACAAAAAAUCGAGACCUUCUUUAAAUAUAUUUACAGAGUCUGUGUUAUAAGCUUCCAGCACAAUAAUGGCAGAUGAUUCUGAACGGACGUGUAUAGGACUGAAUACAGUGACCGGCUAAAUGUUUGUUGUGGAACAUAUGGAAUGCUCUGAGUGAGUGUCUGAAGGUUUAAAGAUCUUUUUGGAGAAAUGAUAUGUUAAAGUAUUACUAUAGUGCCAGGAAUACGCACUAAAGCUCCCUCUGCCUUCCCUGUCCCAGCCGUGGUUAUCUGAUCCCAGCACCGAUGCCCCUUGGUGCUGGGCCACGGCUCCGCCUUUUCUUUUAUCUCUCGAGGAGUGUACGCACAUUAGACCUUGAAUCAAUGCUUUCCUAUGGGGAAGUAGCUGAUGCUGGAUGUCCUCAUGCAGAGCUUGAAGACGUCCAGCAUCAUUUACAGGACCAAAAGCCCGUUAACAUCGAGGAAGCGCCUCCAGUGGCUGAGUGGUAUGAAGCCAAUAGAGGCUGUCUUAGUGCUACAAUGUAAACAAUGCAGUGUAGUAGACUGCUUAUUAAGGCUCUGUAUCUGUGACUUCAGCUUAUUCUCACUCUAUUGGACCAUAUUCUAUCGUCACAUUCCUGUUCUGACUUACCGUUGCAUCUUCCAGGAACAUCAUUCACGGCAGCGACUCUGUGGAAAGUGCCAAGAAGGAGAUUGCCUUGUGGUUCACUCCAGAAGAGCUGUGCGACUACAAAAGCUGUGCCAACGACUGGGUGUAUGAAUAA